CGUCAGCAUGCCACAUCAGCCCAAAAAUAAUAAAAAAUGAUUUUGCUCACUUAACCCGAGACUCCAACCGGUUCAACCAUUUACUAAUGACUCACCCUGAAGGACAGAUUCAGUCUGUCUUCAUUCUUCACCCCCCCAAAAUCGCGACUGGAACUCUGAAGGGAGACAGAACGCCGCCGCGCGUUGGGAGACCGAUUCGGCGCCGUCGCUCGCUCGCUGGUCAUCGCAGGGGAUCGUGGCUCGCUCGUCAUCGCUCGACGCGCGGGAGCGAUUCCUUCGCGCCGGAAAGCUAGGUCGCCGUCGCCAAGCCCUCCGCGCCGGCGACAAUCGAUUCCUCGUCCGAUCUUCCCUCCUCCUGUCAUCCUCGGCAAUAUUCCCCUAAAGCCUGGCCGAUUCUGUGCAUGCGUGGCUGGAAAUUUCAUAGCUGCUCCGGCUAACGAACAAUGGAUGAGUGGAAGCUUCGUUCGGCCCGGAGUCGCCAUCUAAAGCCCGACUAUGGUAAGAAUUCUCCCUUUUCAGAAGAAUUUUUAGGGUUUAGAACAAUGUGGUGUUGAGGGUUUUGUUGCUAUUAAAGAAUUGGGGAAAAGAAUUGAUUUUGUUGUCGGGUUGUGGUAGGGAAAGUGCCUGGUCCCAUUAUCCUAUUCGUUUUUUCUGGAUUGAAAGUAGUUGGUCCCAUUAUACUAUUAUGUUCUUUUUGUGGAUUCAAAGCAGAUGAUCCCCAUUUUUGUAUUAGAAUUAGUGGGUACAAUUUAAUGGAUUUCAUUGCUAUUUAUAGGAAAUUCUGGACUUUUCACCAUUGAGAUUCACAGCAUGGGGCAGUUUGGCGACACGGGCUACACUGAUGGGAAGACUGAUUACAUUGACUUUGUCGAUGUUGACAAAUUGUCAAUGCUGGAAAUUAAAGAGAUGGUCAGAACAGCAGAAGUGGAGCAGGCGAUGCAGUUCUUUUGGUUGAUGCCUGGUGUGGAUGUGCAUAAUGGAUUGAAGCUUUUGGAGAGUGAUAAGGAUGUUCUGGAGAUGGGCGGGCAUGUUCCUGAAGACAGGGUUAUUCAUUUGUAUGUUAAGCAUACAAAUUCCAGUUGUGGCAGCCCAGAUACAGCUCAUUUCGUUCACACUAGCAGUGAGAGGGAGGUGGAAGAAAUUAGAGCGCCAUCAGUUUCAGUUAAAAGGGGACAUGGACAUACAUUUUCAGGGGGGAGUCAAGGUAAAAAUUCCACAGGGUCAUCCCAUAAAGAGCAACCAGCUGCAACUAACGCCAAUGAAGAAGUUCUAGAUGAAGAUGUCCUCGAGAGAGACGACUUGUAUGCAAGUGAAGGUGAGUUAUUGGAGAAGACUGGAUGGGGCAGCGAAGAAGAAGAGGACGUGUUCAACAUAAACACCAUUUUUCCUGAGUUUAGGGUUGAAAGGGAUAUGCAGAUGCCUGAUGUAACACCCCACCCUAAAACUCAUGGGUCGAACCACUGGUUCGCCCGCACAGCAGAAAAUACUAACGGGGUUUACGUAUUAACUCAUCAUUCAACACAUAUGCAACUUUUGUUUACUAAACAUAACUCGAGGUGAAUCUAACACCUUUAUUAAUAUCCAAUCUCAUUUAUUAAACAUACAACAUCCAACUCAUGACAUCAAAUCCAAACACUUGUUCGUUGAAACUCAAAUCUCCAUCUUACAUACUUUGGUACAAUCCAUAAAUCAUAAUAACUCAAUCGAUCAAGUUCGAUGCAAUCAAAUCCAACAUAAUACAUGUUUAUGAUACUUGGUUUAAAACACAAAACAUAGUUCAAACUCUCCUCCGACCAAUCGUCCGCUACCUCAUGAUGGAGUAGCAGUUGCACAGCUCCAACGUCCAAGCUCGGUCCCUCUGCUACGGAUCUGAACACAAAAGGGGAAUGGGUCAGCUAACUAAUUUAGCUGAGUGUGUGGCGCUGUUCCCUCCUACACGGCGAAGUCUAUGGAUACGUUUUCCACAUCAAUCGAUUAACCACCUAAUCAUGGCAUCUAGGUUGAAGUCUCAACCUAAUAUAAUUCUCAACCUAGCAUCCAAUAUCCAAACAAUGUGCAAGUGCAAUGCAUUUCCAUUUUAUUAAUUUGGCGCCAAGGUCACCAUACAUCCACCCCCGCUCGAGCCUCAUCAUCUCAGUGGUUAUAUCAGAAACCACAAUCAUAUCUCUCUGGCCACUGGCCUCAUCGAUCCUAAUGAUCGUAAGUAAUGAUAUCAAAUGGUUGGGGGUAAAUGCAGGCCCUUUCUAAGUCUAUGUGAUUAAUAUGAACAUCAUAUAAAAUCAUCAUUCUCAUCAUAAUCUCAAUAUAAUAAUCAUCCAUCUCAAUCGAUCUUGGUGUAAUUACCAAGUCUAUGCCAUAGGGUAAUUUGUGCAUAUCAUGCAUACUAAAUUCAUCAAAUCAUCCAUUCAAUUAUCGAGUAGGAAUUCAUUAGCAACCAUUAUCGUUAUCGUACGUUCAACGUAUAAGGUGGACGGUUUGAAUCCUCGUACAUGGUUCGUUAACCAUUAAUCGGUGAAAAUCACCAAGUAAUUUGAAAGGCGGACCCGCCGUGGUAAAACUCUGAGAAGAGGAAUGAGUGCCACUACUCGUAGUGCACUUCUUACAACCAUAUUCCCAAAAGAUUUCACCGGGUGAAUUCCCAGGUAAGUGGACGAGUACCACAAAGGUCUCGAUUAAAAACCACUAGCCUAGACAGAAUUCUCCCAUGGUAGCUGUCCAUUAUUCAAAUUUUCACGAAUCCGAUUGUGGUUUAACAAUUAUCCCAAGUAAUCGUAUUAGGAUAAUUAUUCAAUCGCAGGCGUAAUUUCACAUAACUCAUGGCCUGAUAUCACGUCAUGAAUUAUUGAAAUAAUUACAACGAAGUCUCAAGGAAUUUCACGAUUCGUAGGAAUCAAUUACAAAAUCGUAAAUUCCAAAUACUCGAUUAUGAACCAUCCAAUUCUACUCGAGUACCCCAAAUCAUAAUAACGACAUUCUUCAUUUUAUCUUCGUUAAAUCCUCAGCUAUGUUUCAAUAUUAAACAUAUAGCACGUAGUAAAACACCGCCUAUUCACCGCAGGGUCCACACACCUUAUUUAUGACGUAAAUCAACUCUGCACAGCUGUUGUAAAAAUUCCAAUACUCCUUGAUAAUAUUCUCCUCGUCUUUACGAUCUGCGAAGGACGGAUUCCGGCUCCUGGACGUUGAUCGGCACUUCUCCAAGCUCAAACUGGCCUCCAAAGGUGUUGAAAACCAAUCUAGAGCAUUUGAGAGCUCUUGCUCGUCGCUCUCUCUCUCUCUCUCUAGAAACUGCUCUCUCUCUCUCAAACUCGGAAUGAAAACGUGUUGUGUAUGAAUUGUGUAUCUUCCUCUUCCUUUUAUAGGCUGCCUGGUCGCGAUACCCGGUCGAAAUACCCGGUCGGGUAUUUUGGAUUUCGGCCGGGUAUUAUUAAACUAACCGUUCUUUUUAAGGGGAAAAUCCCCGGUCGGGCCUACAAAAUCCCCGGUCGGGCCUAAUAAAUCCCCGGUCGGACC